AUGUUCGCAAUGUUGGGUGACGAGCGAGCGAAGUGGAAGGUUGCCUCCAGGCUAGAAAAGAGGUCGCUGCUGAUAGCCGUUAACUCCCUCGCUGGCUUGGCAAUUUUAUUUUUCGGCUAUGACCAGGGUAUGAUGGGUGGAGUCAAUGCCUCACAGGCAUACGUGUACCAAAUGGGAUUGGGAUACGAGAAGAAUGGGUCAAUCACUGUAACCAACACUUUGCUGCAGGGAGGCAUUGUCUCGGUUUACUAUUUGGGGACUUUGAUUGGAUGCUUCCUAGGUGGUUAUUUUAGUGAUCGUUUCGGCCGAAUCAAGUCCCUUGGUUUCGGUGCCGUCUGGGGGAUAAUCGGCGCCGCGCUCCAGUGCACAGCAAUGAAUCCAACAUGGAUGAUUGUGUCUCGCCUGAUUAACGGCAUCGGGACCGGAGUGUUGAACGCUACUGUUCCCGUAUAUGGCUCCGAGCUUGCCGACUACGAGACUCGUGGCAUGUUCAUCGCCAUGGAAUUCACAUUGAACAUCGUCGGCGUGGUGAUAGCUUACUGGCUGGGAUUCGGGCUCAGCUACAUUGACAAUGGUACAUCCGAGUUCCAAUGGCGAUUCCCUAUUGCGUUCCAAAUUCUCAUGCUACUUCUUCUCGUGACCACAUGCUGGGCUUUCCCCGAAUCUCCCCGCUGGCUCUGUAUGAUGGGCCGUCGGGAAGAAGCCCUUUAUGUCCUCAAACGUCUUCGUGGGUCCGCGAACGAACUUGCCGCCAUACGAGAGAUGAGGGAGAUUGAGGCAAUCGUCGAGCUUGAGAGAGAAUCAGGAGAAAAGACCACUUAUUUCCAUAUGCUGUUUGGCAUCGGCAAGGAAGAUUUACAUAUUGCACGGCGUGUGCAGCUGGUGAUAUGGCUGCAGAUUUUGCAAUGCUGGUCGGGGAUCGCUGGUAUUACUAUGUACGCACCAAUAAUCUUUAAAAUUGCCGGCUUCGAUUCUCAGAAGACGAUGUGGAUUUCGGGAUUGAACAACAUUUUCUACGCUUUCGCAACCCUUCUUUGUGUCUUCACGCUCGAUCGUAUUGGUCGCCGCUGGACCCUCUGGUGGGGAGCAGCAGGACAGGCAAUUGCCAUGUUCGCCGCAGGAGGUCUCGCUCGUGGUGGAAUAGAUCAUCCCAACAACCAGGGCCCAUGGGGCAUUGGAGCGACUUCCAUGGUUUAUCUGUACACGUUUAUCUUCGGUGCUACCUGGCUAACUGUUCCGUGGCUAUACCCAGCGGAAAUUUUCCCGCUCAAGGUGCGAGCCAAGGGAAAUGCCUGGGGAGUUGUUGGCUGGAGUUUGGGCAAUGGAUCGCUAACCCUGGCCCUUCCCUACAUUUUUGGCUCUAUCGGUGAGAAUACCCUGCAUGUGUUCGGUGCUGUCAAUAUCAUCAGUAUCCCAAUCGUAUGGGCUUUCUACCCCGAAUCUAGCCGACGUACGCUCGAGGAAAUGGAUUUACUCUUUGCAGCCAAGUCUCCCUGGGUCUGGGCAGCCGAGUCGAACUUCGCGACGCUCAUGGCAGAGAACCCAAAUCUCGGUGCCGCUCGUCAGCGAGACAGCAUCGUCGGCGAUGCUGAGAAGGUAUUGCAUGCCGAGUCCGAGCAUGAAGAGACUGUUUCUAGCCAUUAG